AGUCUCUACUAUUGUCAGUUAGCUGUCACAUGACGGAUAUCGUUGCAUGUGAUCUUUCGUUGAGGCCAUAUUAAACAACUCCAGCUUCUUCAAGUACGCGAGACUUUAUUCCCAAACUAUCGCUGUUAAAAAUAAGCGUUAAAAAUGGGUGCAAGUGCGAUUCCCAUCAUUGUCGUAACGGCUUUUUGGUUCGUUGUUGGUGCUAUACUACCUUGGUUCGUUCCGAAAGGUCCAAAUAGAGGAGUCACUCAAACAGUUCUAGUAAUGACUGCGUGUAGCUGCUGGUUAUUUUGGCUUUGCUGCUAUUUGAUGCAGAUGAAUCCCCUUAUUGGCCCAGAAAUGAGCAACCACACUUUGCUGGUGAUGAAACAAGAAUGGGGAUCAAGCUGGAAAGCUUAAAAUAUGUCAAUAUACACAUUCCUCUAUGUUUAGGUGUGGUUUGUUAAUAUCACUUUUGUUUUAUUUGUCUUUGGAUGUCGCACUUAGAAAUAAAAAAAAUUUAAUUAAUGACACUUAA